AUGUGUUCGAACGGAGACUUUGCUAUACAGUUUCAUUUGAUCUUCUUUAUCCGUCUACUGUCUUCGCUAUUUGUUUACGUAACCGAACAGUUAACUAGAUGGCUUUUCCCUUCUGUCGUUGAAAGCGACUUCCACAAUUUAGAACUCUCCACCUCAUUCUUGUUUUAUUCCACCAGCUUCUGCCUUGGCUGCCCCCUGCCCUGCAACAACGACUCUUUCCUUGGCGAAAACUGCUGUUAUUUGGCGUUAGACUGGGGUGCUUCCUCCCUUCAUCUCUACUAUCAAUCAAAUCGCGAAAUGGAUUUUGAGGUGCACCCCUCGGUUCAUGAGGCUCGAGAUCGUAUCUGCCAGAUGAUUGAACUGACGGACAUACUUGACGGUUUCACAGAUGUCGAAAUGAUGGACACCUCCCAAGGCUUUCGCUGUGAGGGUUGUAGAACAGUAUCGGUAGUCAGCAAGAAAAUUGACCUCUGGAGUCUGCCACCAAUUCUG